AUGGCCUUGACUCACGGCAUCAGCGAGGAUUUACUCCGCGUUGACAACCCCGAUGAAGUUGAAGCCAUGUCGCCAUCGGACAGAGAGUCGAUAUUCUGCUUCGUGGAGUCCUGGUGGUUCCACCUGGUUGCAGCUUCCGUCAUCUGCUCCAAUACCGUCAGUAUCGUCUUGGAAGCAGACUCGGAGGACUUGGUCAAGAAGCUGUACUGGCUAGACCAAGCCACUUUGCUCUUCUAUGUCUUGGAGCUACUUUGCCGGGUAGGUUUAUGGAAGUGCCGGCUUCUUUGUGGCCCACGUCACCUGCUACUUUGGAGCCUCCUGGACCUCAUCGUGGUCGGAGCCGGGGUUCUUGACCAGUGGCUGGCCCCUAUUCUGCCCGUUGAUACAGGAUCAUGGUCCAACUUGCUUGGCGUCAUCCGUUUGCUGCGGCUGACUCGAGUGUUCAAAGUAGUUGGUUUUGUGCUCGAGUGGGACUUGUCCUUCACGGAGCAACCCACUUUCCAGUCCUUCAUCGGCGGUGUGAUUGCGUUCAACGCUUUGCUGAUGGGAUUCGAGACUGACUAUGAGUGGGGCGGUUGGGCGGUAAUUGAGAACUUCCUAUUGUGCAUCUACGUGUUCGAGCUGGUCGUGCGCAUGAAACGGCUGGGUUGUUUUUUCUUCUCUUGCGACAGUCCAGAUCUUGUCUGGAAUUUGCUGGAUUUGGCGAUCGUGGUCAGUUCAGCGGGCGAUUCGUGGCUGGUGCCUUUGGUCAACGUGGCCAGGAAAUCAUUCCAGGGAGAUCAAAGCACACGUCGAAGCAGCAAAGCAGCGCACGGUGUCAAUGUUGGCCAGCUGAUGAUGCUGAUGCGACUGCUUCGAUUACUUCGAAUUCUGCGUCUGGCAAAGCUUGUGAAGUCUGUUCGGCCACUGUACAUUCUCGUGGUUAGCGUCACGGCGGCUGUUCAAGGGGUGGUUUGGGUGCUGGUCCUCACCGUGGUUACUCUUUACGCCAUGGGUAUAUUGACGACGAGACUCAUAGGUCACAAGAUGAUCUUCGAAGCAGGGGAAGAGGUGGACGAAGCUUUGAUAUUGCCCUUCAAGACUGUGCCAGACAGCAUGUUCACUCUCUUUCGGGUCAUGAGCGGUGCUCAAUCUGACUCGGAGUCUGCUGCUUUGGACAGCAUUAUGGACAACAUUCCGACGUUCAAGUUUGCAUUUGUGUUCUUUAUGGUGACAAGCUCGUGGACGCUGCUGUCCAUACUGACAGCAGUUGUCAGCGAAAACAUGAUCUCCACGACUUCCAGUCAAGAGAAGGAGAUCCAGCUCAUGUCAGAAGAAGAAGACCGGAAGCGCCACAUUGAAGACUUGAAGGAGCUCUUCAAGGAAAUUAACACCAGAGGCGAUGGGAUUGUGCGGGAGAAGGACUUGAUGCAUUUCCUCUCGAUCCCUGACAACGCAUACGAGACAGCCAAAAUGUGUCGCGUUCCCGUUCGGCAUGUAACGGAGGUCAUGAAGACGCUUUCAAUUAAUCAGCAAGUCAUUCAUAUGGAAGAGUUUGUGGAAUGCUUGCUCGACGUUGGAAAUCCUGUGACCGAAAAGUCAACGAUGAGGUUGGAAGCCCUCCACCUCGAAACCAGAACGCAGAGCUUGAGGAAUUGCCAGAUUUUGGAAGACAUUUGCACCUCACUGAAGAGCAACAAGGACCGCAUCGUCGAUGGUGGUGAAGACCAGAUCAGCAAGCUGAUGCAGAGUACCAUGCAUCAUGGUGAGGCCAUCGCGCGCCUUCAACAUUCUGUGGAGGACCUCAGCAGAAAAAUGGAUAAUAUGACGGAGAUGCUUGCAAAAACCGCCGGCAGAGAGUUUGGACUGAAGCGUAUUCAUUGA